UAUAAUAAAACAUGUCAAUCGCCCAUCAUCAAUAAUAAUAAAAGGAAUCACAGUCGCAUUUUCUUUUCUUCAGUCGGUUCUUAUUCAACGCAAUGAAACUAUACACCGAUCUCUCUCUCUAGAUUCAACGGUUCCAAUCGUCUGCAAAAUUAGGUGUUUGAAAUUAUUUUAAGAAAAAGAGAACUUGAAAUUUGAAGAAAAUGACGUGGUUUAGGGCCGGAUCUAGUGUGGCAAAGCUUGCAAUCAGAAGAACUAUAACACAAAGUGGAUCUUACGCAGCAAGAAAGCGUGUUUUCCCUGCAGAAAGCCGAUAUUUCCACACAACUGUCUUUAAGUCAAAAGCACAAUCUGCACCCGUCCCUAGAGCUGUUCCACUUUCCAGGUUAACCGAUAGCUUUCUAGAUGGAACUAGCAGUGUCUAUUUAGAGGAACUUCAACGUGCUUGGGAAGAUGAUCCGAACAGCGUUGAUGAGUCGUGGGACAAUUUCUUCCGGAAUUUUGUGGGCCAGGCCGCCACGUCACCUGGAAUAUCUGGCCAAACAAUACAAGAAAGCAUGCGAUUGUUGUUGCUCGUUAGAGCAUACCAAGUUUACGGCCACAUGAAAGCCAAAAUAGAUCCGUUGGGCCUUGAAAAACGAGAGAUUCCUGAUGAUUUGGAUCCUGCUUUUUACGGUUUCAGUGAAGCUGAUUUAGACCGUGAGUUUUUUCUUGGUGUAUGGAGAAUGUCGGGUUUUUUAUCCGAAAACCGACCCGUACAAACUCUUAGAUCAAUAUUAACCAGACUUGAACAAGCUUACUCUGGAAACAUUGGUUACGAAUACAUGCACAUUGCUGACCGUGAACGAUGUAAUUGGUUACGAGAUAAAAUCGAGACCCCAACUCCAACUCAGUAUAACAGAGAACGCCGUGAGGUUAUCCUUGACAGACUCAUUUGGAGUACGCAAUUCGAAAACUUUUUAGCUACGAAAUGGACCGCUGCUAAAAGAUUCGGACUUGAAGGUGGUGAGACGUUAAUCCCGGGAAUGAAAGAGAUGUUUGACCGGUCAGCAGAUCUCGGCGUUGAAAGCAUUGUGAUUGGAAUGUCUCACAGGGGACGAUUAAACGUUUUAGGUAAUGUGGUUAGAAAACCAUUACGCCAAAUUUUCAGUGAGUUUAGUGGUGGUACGAAGCCCGUUGAUGAGGUCGGGCUUUAUACGGGAACCGGUGAUGUGAAAUAUCAUCUCGGGACUUCUUACGAUCGGCCGACACGUGGCGGAAAGAGGAUUCAUUUGUCGUUAGUUGCAAACCCUAGUCAUUUGGAAGCUGUAGAUCCUGUUGUGAUCGGGAAAACACGAGCAAAACAGUAUUACUCAAAUGAUGUUGAUAGAACAAAGAACAUGGGUAUUUUGAUUCAUGGUGAUGGAAGCUUUGCGGGUCAAGGUGUGGUUUACGAGACGUUGCAUUUAAGCGGUCUUCCAAAUUACACAACUGGUGGGACGAUUCAUAUUGUAGUCAACAAUCAAGUUGCUUUUACUACGGAUCCACAAGCGGGAAGAUCUUCACAGUAUUGUACUGAUGUUGCUAAAGCUUUAAAUGCUCCGAUAUUUCAUGUUAAUGGUGAUGACGUGGAAGCAGUUGUUCAUGCUUGUGAGCUGGCAGCUGAGUGGCGACAAACGUUCCACUCAGAUGUUGUUGUUGAUAUAGUCUGUUAUCGUCGAUUUGGGCAUAAUGAGAUCGAUGAACCAUCUUUCACCCAACCAAAAAUGUACAAGAUCAUUAGGAAUCAUCCGUCAUCGCUAGAGAUCUACCAGAAGAAGCUUCUAGAAAGUGGACAAGCGACAAAAGAAGAUAUCGAUAGAAUACAAAGCAAGGUUACCACAAUUCUCAACGAAGAGUUUCUUGCCAGCAAGGAUUACGUUCCUCAAAGACGAGACUGGCUUUCGGCUUACUGGGCCGGAUUCAAAUCCCCCGAACAGCUUUCACGAAUUCGUAACACCGGGGUUAAACCGGAGAUUCUGAAAAACGUCGGGAAGGCGAUUACAACACUUCCGGAAACUUUUAAGCCACACAGAGCAGUUAAGAAAAUAUUCGCGGACCGUUAUAAGAUGAUUGAAACUGGUGAAGGUGUUGAUUGGGCAGUUGCGGAAGCAUUGGCGUUUGCAACGUUACUGGUGGAAGGAAAUCACGUGAGAUUAAGUGGUCAAGAUGUUGAAAGAGGUACAUUCAGCCACAGGCAUUCUGUUGUUCAUGAUCAAGAAACAGGAGAGCGUUACUGUCCGUUGGAUCAUGUAAUGAUGAAUCAACAUGAGGAAAUGUUUACCGUAAGCAACAGUUCUCUUUCGGAGUUUGGUGUCUUGGGCUUUGAGUUGGGCUAUUCAAUGGAAAACCCUAAUUCACUGGUAUUAUGGGAAGCUCAAUUUGGUGAUUUUUCCAACGGGGCCCAGGUUAUAUUCGAUCAAUUCUUGAGCAGUGGUGAGGCUAAGUGGCUGCGCCAGACCGGGUUAGUCGUGUUGCUACCUCAUGGUUAUGAUGGUCAAGGGCCCGAACACUCGAGUGCAAGGCUUGAGCGUUUCCUUCAGAUGAGUGACGACAAUCCGUUUGUCAUACCUGAGAUGGAACCAACACUACGCAAUCAAAUUCAAACAUGCAAUAUGCAGAUCGUUAAUGUUACGACGCCAGCAAAUUAUUUCCAUGUGUUACGUCGACAGCUACAUAGGGAGUUCCGUAAGCCGCUUGUCGUAAUGUCUCCUAAAAAUUUGCUUCGUCACAAAGACUGCAAGUCGAACUUAUCCGAGUUCGAUGAUGUUCAAGGUCACCCCGGUUUUGAUAAACAAGGGACCAGAUUUAAACGACUCAUUAAGGAUCAAAAUGAUCAUUCGGAUCUUGAAGAAGGGAUUAGGCGUUUAGUUCUAUGCUCUGGAAAGGUUUAUUAUGAACUUGAUGAAAAAAGGAAGUCGGUUGACGGUAAAGAUGUAGCAAUUUGUCGUGUUGAACAACUCUGUCCGUUCCCAUAUGAUCUCAUCCAGCGUGAAUUAAAGCGCUAUCCAAAUGCGGAAGUAGUUUGGUGUCAAGAGGAGCCAAUGAACAUGGGGGCCUACAGUUACAUCGCCCCACGACUUGCGACCGCCAUGAAGGCCCUCGAUAGAGGUACUAUUGACGAUGUCAAAUACGUUGGCCGGGCUCCAUCUGCCGCAACUGCAACUGGUUUCUACACCGUUCAUGGCAGAGAACAGUCUGAAAUCGUGCAGAAAGCCCUGCAGCCCGAACCCGUCACCAAUCCUACACUUAGCUAGAUCCUGCACCCAGGGUAUCUAUCUUCAUCCAAGUGUCGGCUUGGAGUCUUUUUGCUUUAAAUUUUCGAAAGUUUUUCGCGUAUUGAUAAGGACUACGCGUGUAAUAAGAUACAUACAAUCGAUUCAUGGCGUGAAGUUGUACAAUUGAUUCAUGGCGUGAUCUCUUUCUUUGCGGUUAAUUAUUAAACUUACCCUUUGUGAAUCUUGUUUUUGUAUCCUUAGUGACAAUUCUUGGGUAUGAUUUAUUUAAAUAAACGUGUGAAUCCAGUUUGUGGAUGGUGUCACUUGUAAUUUUCAAGAUGAUCUUUAUAUUUUGUGAAAGAUUUUAUAUUUCUUUUAUAAGAAACAAAUAUUGGUAAA